AUCUAAUGCCACAUUAGGAUUGAAUACUGUUAAACUUGUGAAAUUAGAAAGAAUUUAGUAUCUUAAGGGAAGUCCAACUCUGGAACUUCUCAGUAGCCAUUCCAAACAAAAUUAAGUGAUAGGGCUUUAAUUAGAUUUAAUUCUACAAAUAUUAAUGCCCUCUGUAUAAGUAGGACAUAAAUAUAAGUUAAAUACAGUCUCUAUCCUUAAGCUUAUAAUCUUCUAAGGAAAUAAUUAGUGCUGAAAUAAGAUAAUAGGUAGAACAAAAAAGGCUACCAGAGAGAAAUCUAAUUUGGAAGUUCAAGAAAGACUCAAUGGAAGAGAAAACAUCUGAGAAGAGCCUUGAAAGACUGGUAGGAUUUCAACAAAUGUAAUCAGGAACCUGAGAAAUGAUCUUGAUGGAUAAAAUAAAGCAGAUAUAAUUCACCUCUAGAAAGAUUAUUUAUACCCUGGCAUUUGAAAUGUUUUGUAUUUAGUGUCAUAGUAAAAAUGGAAAAAGGGAAAGUAAAUGAUGAUGGAAAACCAGACCCAGAAAAUUCCUUGGACUUUUCUGAACAUUUUAACCAACUUGAAUUGUUGGAAACACAUGGACACCUUAUUCCCACUGGUACCCAAAGUCUCUGGGUAGGGAAUUCUGACGAAGACGAGGAGCAAGAUGAAAAAACUGAAGAGUGGUAUCAAUUGCAAGAAAAAAAGAUGGAAAAAGAUCCAAGCAAAUUGCUUCUUUGGGCUGCGGAAAAAAAUCGGCUUACCACAGUGCGGAGACUGCUGUCUGAAAAGGCCACUCACGUGAACGCUAGAGAUGAAGAUGAAUAUACCCCUCUUCAUCGAGCAGCCUACAGUGGACACUUAGACGUGGUGCGUGAGCUGAUCGCACAAGGGGCAGAUGUCCAUGCAGUGACUGUGGAUGGCUGGACACCCCUGCACAGUGCUUGUAAGUGGAAUAAUACCAGAGUAGCUUCUUUCUUACUCCAGCACGAUGCAGAUAUUAAUGCCCAAACAAAAGGCCUCUUGACCCCCUUACAUCUCGCCGCCGGCAACAGGGACAGCAAAGAUACCCUGGAGCUCCUCCUGAUGAACCGCUACAUCAAACCAGGUCUGAAAAACAACUUGGAAGAAACGGCCUUUGAUAUUGCCAGGAGGACAAGUAUCUAUCACUACCUCUUUGAAAUUGUGGAAGGCUGCACAAAUUCUUCACCUCAGCCAUAACGGUUCUAAUAAUUUUUUUGAGUUCCCAAGUACCAGUGCCUCCUUUGUGUGAGAUAGGACAUAUCCCCGUGAUACAAGGUUGACAUCAAAAGUUUCACAGUAGAAAUCCAGUGGUACACAUUCCAAUGCCCUUCCAAGCGACAUGCCUAACCUUGAUGUCAAAAUAUAUUUGAAAGUUGUUUGGAUACAUCUUUACUGAUCUAUGUGGACUUUGUAAUUUUUAUCAGAAAUAAUUUUAACACACUUAAAAACUUGUAACGGGUUGUACAGAAAACAUGAUAUUUUUGGUGCUGAUCCAAGAGAAGUGUAUUUUUAAAUAUUCCCCCAUCCUGGGUCUUUGUGGAGUAUUUAGUAUAUUGACAUGUAUUUUUAUAAGGUGAGGUAACUCAGAAUUUAAUUUAAAAAAUUCAAGUAUACUGGUGCAGUUCAGCUGUCUUCUACACAUCACUAUGGCCAUUUGCUUUCAUUUUAAACCGUAAGAACUAACUUACUAGUGACUUGAAUUGUCAGUUUAAGAAAAUGUUAAAAGAGCUUAGAUCUUUGUCUUUUAGAGUGUAGACCAUUUUUAGCAAAGUAGUUAGCUAAAGUGUUUAGUUAUAUGAAUGUUAUAUACUUUGAAUGUUAUAUACUUUGCCUCCGCCACCACAGUUCACACAAUCCUGUGGACAGUCCUACCUCACCCUGGUCAACCCACAUGAUCCUUCUUCCAUUGGUGAGUCAGCAUGACAUUUUAGACAUGCACACAACUCUACCUUGGUCCAAGAGAUCAUAAUAUAUCUGCUCGCCAACUGGUUUUACCUGCCUAAUCCUGUUUGGGGCACUGCUCAGAUGGUCUCUCUCGUUCACAGGAAGUAUCGAUUUUUCCAAGGUCCUCCUUUUAUACAAAUCCUACAAAGGCAAAGAGACAAGGGAAAAGGAAUUCUAAGAGUGAAGGGAUGAUGAUUAUACUGGGGCUAGAUUAUAAGUGGCUCAGGCUUUAAAAAGCCACAGUGUAGAUGGUGACACAAGUAUAAAUAUGAAUAUUCAGAAAAAAAUAAAAGCUUUGAACAACAAAAA